AGAAUCCAGAAUUAAUUUAUGUAUAAUUAUUAAUGUUAAAUAUAUAUAUGGCAUCCCCAAUUAAUACUUUCAAAUAAAUUGGAUACAUAGAUAUGAUAUACUUAACUAAUUUAAGCAUUUGACUAUUGAAUAAGAACCAUUCAUUAGCCGUAUUUCCUCCUAACAGUCUGACUUUUCUCUCUUCAUCAACUCUUACAUUGAAUAUUUCUUUCUUUCUGAACUUUUCUCUAUAUUACAAUUUAGCUAAAUUAAAAAAUAAAAUUAUACAAAAAUAUGCUGCAAGAGGAUUGAUGUCCAAUAACAGAAGAAGGAGGCCUCCUCACCAGAGUCAUCAUCAAAUAGUCAUGGAGAAUCACAUCACCACACGGCAUCGGAAGAAGUUCUGGUUCGCCUUCUUCGUCUUGUUCUUCUUCUGGUACAUGAUGCUCUACGGCUACGAUUGGUCUUCUAUACCUGGUCUGUCUUCCGUAACCCAUAACCAAUCCGACGAUGACAAGAAUCAAGAAGAUUCCCUCCAAUCCAUGGGAUCAAAUCCCAUUCCCGAACCUCGUGUUGUCGAAAACAAUCGAGAGAUUCCUAUUAAAUCAUCGGAUUCGAAUUCCGUUCCCGAGUCCGGUAGUGCCAAGAACCAAUUAGAAAAUACAUCCACUCCCAAAUCCGAUAAUGAUAAUGUCACAGUAGUUUCCGAUGAAUCGAAUAAUAACGAUCCGAUAGUUGAGGAUCUACCGGGACUGGAGAAGGAAAUGGAACCCUCGUUACCAAAAGAAGAACAAAAACAAGAACAAGAACAAGAACAAGAAGACAAAGCUGUCACGGAAAGAACGACACAAAAACCUUGUACCGGUAGAUAUGUGUACGUUCACGAACUUCCGAGUCGAUUUAACCAUGAUUACAUCAAAGAAUGCAAAUUAUUGAACAAAUGGCACGACAUGUGUCAGUACUUCGUAAACAGUGGGCUCGGUGAAAGCCUGGGGAAUCCUCAACGGCUUUUCUUGCCUUCCGGUUGGUAUAUAACUCACCAAUUCUCGCUCGAGGUCAUUUUCCACAACCGAAUGAAGCAAUAUGAGUGCCUGACGAACGACUCGUCGAAGGCUGCAGCAAUAUUUGUGCCGUACUAUUCUGGCUUAGAUGUUUCCCGAUACUUGUGGGAUUCUGACAAAGCUUCGGUUAAAGAUUCCGAUUCGAUCGAGCUUCUGAAAUGGCUGAGAGAAAAGCCAGAGUGGAAGUUGAUGAAUGGGAGAGACCAUUUCUUAGUUUCCGGUCGGAUUACGUGGGAUUUUCGACGGGCGGUGGAUAAUUACACGGAGUGGGGGAACAAGCUAAUGGUGCUGCCGGAAUCGCAGAACAUGACUAUGCUUACAAUCGAAUCCAGCCCGUGGGAUAAGAAUGACUUUGCCAUACCAUACCCGACGUAUUUCCAUCCCCGGACGGACGAGCAGGUGUUGGAGUGGCAGAACAAGAUGAGGCGGCAGAAGCGGCGGUCGUUGUUCUGCUUCGCCGGAGCACCCCGCCCGAACAUGGAGGACUCGAUCCGGAGCGAGAUCAUGUCCCAGUGCGCCGCGGCGCCGAAGAAGUGCAGGCUGAUCGAGUGCAAAAACGACAAGCACAACUGCUUGAAACCGGCGAACGUGAUGCGGAUGUUCCAGAACUCUGUUUUCUGCCUGCAGCCGCCGGGGGAUUCGUUCACGAGGAGAUCAACGUUCGACUCGAUUCUGGCGGGUUGCAUACCCGUUUUCUUCAGCCCCGGGUCGGCUUACGUGCAGUACCUAUGGCAUCUGCCGAAGGACCACGGCUCGUACUCCGUGCUCAUACCGGAGGGAGAUGUGAAGCGGAAGGGGGUGAGCAUCGACAGCGUCCUCUCCCGGAUUCCGAGAUCUAGGGUUUCGGCGAUGAGAGAGAAAGUGAUUAAGCUGAUACCUAGCGUGGUGUACGCCGAUCCACGGUCGAGAUUGAAGAGGCUGGAUGACGCGUUUGAUCUGACGGUGAGGGGAGUUGUCCGGCGGGUGGAGGCGCUGAGGAAGGAGAUGAAAUCGGGGAGGAAUCACAGCGGCGCGUUUGAUUCGGAGAGCAGUUGGAAGUAUUACACCUUCGGUACGACGGCGGAGCACGAGUGGGACCACUACUUCAAAAGAUACAGAUAGGACGAAGAAGAUGAAGAUGCAGAUGCAGCUGAACGCCAUUAAAUUUGCAGAAAGUAAAAAAAAAAA